AUGAAUCAAGAGAUGGCCGAAAAGCAGGAAAAGGUAGCUGCGCAGGUCGAUGUGCAGACUGCCGACGAUGAUGAUGAGCCCGAUGAGUGGGAGCAGAGGAUUGAUAAGACCGGAUGCGCAGCUGAAAACGCAAAGAUGACGGAUUGCUACUUUGAGCGCAAGGACUGGAGAGCCUGCGCCGCUGAGUUGGCUGCAUUCCAGCAAUGCUGGAAAAAGAACCACAACGACGAACGCACGUCGAUGAAGGACGUCGAGAAAUAA